UCCCUCUGAGCAGCAGGGGGACUAUGGUGUCAAAUUAAAGCAUUUUUCCCCACUGUCAAUGGGUGGUAAGGUUUUCGGGGGUUAAAAUCAAAAGAGAAUGAUAUGACGCGUAAUCUAGGGAUCUCCCUUCUUCAUUCUCUGAGGCUCGACUUCACGCUCAUGGAAUUAUUAACCCUUAUCUCUCUUGUCAAUUUAAGAAUGUGUGGAUAUAAGGUGAGAUGAUUUCAGUAUUUGGGAUUACUGUGUGAGCCAUGUGUUUCCUCCAAGCUGGAUAUUACCCCUGUGGAAAAUAUCCUGGUGAGUUUGGAUAUUAUGAUCGCGGGGACGUAUCUGGUGAGUUUUGGAUAUUAGGCAUUUUCCCCUCCUUCGCGAGUGCCGGAUAUUACCUGCACUUCCUUGGAUCACCUGUCUGGAAGUAUUUGCCAUGCCAUUGACGGAUUUAUUACGUACGUGCGUGAUGUGUUUGGGUUUUUUGUUUGUUUUUAUUUUGUUUUCCUUUUUUUUUCACUACAUGAAUCUAGUUUCAUUCAAAUCUGCUCAAGAAUCAGAUUUUUUUCCCCUUGCUCAGUUUGUUUUCCAUCUUCCAUCUGGUCAUUGUGCUAACUCUGUCUUUCAUGGUGCUGUGCCAACCCUGGAUGUUUACCACACCAAUGGAUUUAGGACAAAUCUAACCAUCAGUUUUUGAAAAGGGCAUUGGAUUUAAGUAAAGUCAACUCAUUCCUUGUAAAAGGUGAGAUUUGCUGUUCCAGGGUCAAUGUGGAGUAUUUGUUUGCUCCAACGAAUCGUCAGGGCCUCCUCAUUUCCCCAUCACCUUCAACCACUAAUCGUGGUCAGGCUGGAAACUAAAGACGAGAAUUGGGACAAAAGGGGAGAAGAUGACAAAAGGGGAAAACGUCGGAUCAUUUUGGAGCCUACCAAGAGAAGUCAAAGACAGAAGAGUAGAAGACCUCUCAGUUGGAUAGACGAAGAACAUUUCUGUUGGAUCUAACAGUAUUUUGGGAUAUACGAGUGCAAGCCAAAGCUGCUGGAUUAACAAGCCCUAAUGUGGAUGUACCUGUCAGUCAAUUUAAACUGGACUAUAAGCAACAGUAUCUCCAGAUUUUAUGGAAGGUAUUUCACAAACCAGGUUGACGGAAUAUCCCAAAGUCUGAUUAACGUGUACCAUUUGAUGGGAGUGUGCUGCUACCACAGACUGGGAUUACAUUUUUAAAAACAAUCCUGUUUUUGUCAGUUUAAGAAGCUGAACGUGAAGCAAGUUUUUUUCCUUCGUGUCCUGCCCUGAAACUGAUGUUGGGAUUACUCCUCAGUACCUGUAAAAAUGGAUGUAUUUCAGUGCCCUAUGGAAGGAUUUUUAUAUUUUACUUUUAUAUUUUUUCCUGUCCUAUUAGGUGACUAUGAAGAAAAGGAUAUUUUUUUAAGAUGUAGUAAAAUGAGUUAGGAAUAUAUUUUUGCCAACUUUCAAGAACUCUCUUCUAAAUUCUCCAUGAAUAACAGUUUUGGAUACUCUCUUGAACGUCUCGAAGGAUAUUUUUAUCGUGAUGUUGCUGAAAAUGCCACUUUUUUCGCCCCAGUAUCUUUUGGCUCACACAUUUGCCCGCCAAUAUUGUAUUCGGAAUAUGUAGGUUCAUUUGCUUCUCUGAAAAGCAGCUCAGACAGUCGGGACAGAACGUACGAGCACAGUCCUUAUGGACACCAUGAACGCAGUGGCACUUUCGAUAGGCCGCGGCACUACAACACAGACUAUUACCGUGACCGCACCAUGUUUGCCUCUGGGGUCGCCACCAGCCCAGCAGUUAGUGCAAUUAGUGGGGGAUUUGAGACCCCAGAACCUCAUUUUGAAUCCCGAAUCCGCGACCCCUUCACCUUGUCCAGCUCUACACGCAGGGACCCUUACCGCGACGACAGGGGGCGGCGCGUCGAUCGGACUUACCACCAUCGCCGCAGCCGGUCUUCUCACUCUUCUCAGUCACGACAUCCUUCUCCACAGCGGUCCACCGGACAGACUCCCAAAGCCCCCAGCUCUCCCAAAAGAGCAGCAGCCUCUCCAGGCCGAGGUCCGCGCUCAAGGUCCCGAACUCGAUCAUCUAGCUCGGACUCAGUCAGCAGCACCGGCAGCACCGGCAGUGGCAGCAGUGACUCAAACAGCAGUUCUAGUGAGGGCUCUCGGGCACGCUCUGUUCAGUCUGCAGCCACUCAUGUUACUCCUGCACCCCCCCAAAUGUCUAUGGACUGUGAGGAGCCUCGUAGGAGCUUCGGCAUCAGAGUACAGAACCUUCCUGUGCGAUCCACAGACACAAGCUUAAAAGAUGGACUUUUCCACGAGUUUAAGAAAUAUGGGAAAGUGACAUCUGUGCAGAUACAUGGUGCAUCAGAGGAACGUUAUGGAUUAGUCUUCUUCAGACAACAAGAGGACCAGGAGAAAGCUCUUAGUGUAUCUAAAGGAAAGCUCUUCUUUGGUAUGCUGAUUGAGGUGACCGCUUGGAACGGCCCUGAGACAGAAAGCGAAAAUGAGUUUCGUCCCUUGGAUGGGCGGAUAGAUGAGUUCCAUCCAAAGGCUACUCGAACGUUGUUCAUUGGAAAUUUGGAGAAGACAACUAAUUACCAGCAGCUGCUUGAUGUAUUUCAGCGCUUUGGCGAGAUAGUGGUAAAGGAUAUUGAUAUUAAAAGGGUCAAUGGUAUUCCUCAGUAUGCCUUUGUGCAAUACUCCGAUAUUGCCAGUGUGUGUAAAGCCAUCAAGAAAAUGGAUGGGGAGUACCUGGGAGCCAACAGACUUAAGCUUGGUUUUGGGAAAAGUAUGCCUACAACUUGCGUAUGGUUAGAUGGACUGUCCUCUAACAUCACAGAGCAGUAUCUAACACGACAUUUCUGUCGCUAUGGACAUGUGGUCAAGGUUGUGUUUGACAGAAUGAAGGGAAUGGCACUUGUCUUGUACAACAACACAGAUUUUGCUCAAGCUGCUGUAAGAGAGACCAAAGGAUGGAAGAUUGGAGGCAAUAAAAUUAAGGUUGAUUUUGCCAGUCAGGAAAGCCAAAUGGCAUUCUAUCGCUCUAUGCAGGCGUCAGGACAGGAUAUUCGUGACUUUUAUGAACUCCCUGCAGAAAGAAGAGAGGAACGAAGACCUCCGUAUCACGAAUUUCCAGCAGAAAGAGCUUACUAUGAGAAUGUUCGGACACCUGGGAUUUAUACUGAAGACCCUCGACGAGAAUACCCUGCUCGCAGUCGUGAACGUUACACAGAAUUGGAGCAUUACCAGGGUGAACAUUAUGAUCCACGCUAUCAUGAAGACCCUCGGGAAUACAGAGAUUAUCGGGACCCUUUUGAACAGGACAUCAGAAAGUAUAGCUACAUUCAGCGAGAACGGGAGCGAGAACGGGAACGUUUUGAAGCCGACCGUGGCAGAUGGAGCCCGUCCCAUCAGCGCCGCCCUGUUUCACCUUCUGCUUCCCCGUCACCAUCUGAACGUGUUUCAAGAGAUGCAGAGAGGCGUGUGUUCAGGCACUCGUCUGAGAGAAGUGGAAGCUGCAGCUCCUUAUCGCCUCCUCAAUCUCAGUUUGAAAAAACAGAAAAGUCUCCUGUGGAUUUCAAGCCAGAGAGUCUGGAGAGAGAAAUGGAGCAGCAGGCUGAGGCAGACCGUGUAAGUGGGGCAGAGAAGAGCAAACGUAGCAGGAGAAAGGAGAAAACUGACCGAGAGAAGGGAGAGAAGAUAAAGUCAAGAAGGGGAAAAGUGCAGUCUCCUAGCAUACCUCGUUCUGAAGCAGACAGGGAGCCCAGUUUGGAUUCUAACUCUGGAAAAAUAAAGGUCCCAGACUCUGAUGGCUCAGAAAGACAGAGACACAAAGGUGAAAAUGAACCCUCCCCUGCUGAUCCUUUGUCCCGUCUUGAGCCACAAAAAGGAGAAAGGCUUGACCAAGGUAAAAGUGAGUCAGUGGACCGGGAUAGCAAAGGAAGAUCAAAGAAGCACCAAAAAUCUGACCUUGGAAAUGAGGGAAAAGAGACUCUUGUGGAUUCUGACAGGCUUGCCGCACGCAAAAGACGUUUUGGAGACCCCAGUUGCAAAGCCAUAAGGCAGAAAAGAGGUCGUCUUGAAGAUGAAAGUGCUGGGGUUAGUCAGUCUGCAGACUUUGGAGCAAAUUCUUCUCUUGCAAAGGAAACAGAAAUUGAUGCAAAAAUCGUAGAAAAAGAUGCACACAAGAGGGAACACAAGUCCAAAUCUGAAAGGAUAUCUUCUCACUUUAGUCAAAGGGAAGAGUUGGACCCUAGUACUAGAGGCGAGUCUCAGAGUUCAUCUGUACGGCUAGCAGAGCAUUCUGAUCCUAUCUUGGAGUCUUUAGACUCAAAAUCUCAGCCAGGUAUUUCUAGAAGAUUCUCCAAAGAUGGAACCCCGGAAAAGGACAAAGUUAGGGACGAGUACCUGGACAUUGAUCUUUCUCAGAGUUAUCGCAAGCAGAUGGAGCAAAACCGAAAACUUCGUCAGCAGCUGCAAGAGCCUGAUAAACCAGGAAAAACAGAUUCUACUCAGUGUUUGGAAACAGAAGACUUUGAACACCGUAGCCUGGUGCAUGAAGUAGGUAAGCCACCUCAGGAUGUAACAGAUACUUCUCCAUCAAGUAAGGCCAAGAAACCAGAGCAUUUUGACAUGGAUAUGACUACCAAGAGAGAACGUGUAUACAGAACAUCUCGUCCAAAAAGUGAAGACGCCGAAUGGAACAACACACAUUCUCCAAGGUUUCAGCAUGGCCCUCAUCAUGCAGAGGAAGAGUAUACAGAUGUUCAUCUAAUUAAUGUUAAAGAAGCAAAAGAACUUCCCAAGACAGAGGAUAAUGCUCACCCAGACCUGGACCUUCCAGUUAAACGGAUGCAGGCAUCUCAGGUGUCUAAGCAAAGCACCCCACUAUUGGAUGAACAGCAAAGACGCUGGGAGAGUCGUUUAAAACAUGACUUGUUUCCUGACUUUUCAAGGAAUUCAGAGAAAAGACGUUUAAAUCGGAAGUAUUUGGAUUAUGGACUUUGGCCUGAUUUGGAGCCUGGUGAGGUUCGCUCAGACUCUGAGGAAGAUCGAGAACACAAACCAAAUUCUCCAAUGCCCUCUACCUCUAUGUCCUUCCCUGAACGGCAUCGUGGGGACAGAAUACCAGAAUCUAAGCUUACCACCUCACUGGAGAGAAAUAGAUUUUAUUCCUUUGCUCUUGAUCAAACUAUCACUCCUGAUACUAAAGCUUUGUUGGAACGUGCAAAAUCUUUGUCCUCCUCAAGGGAAGACAAUUGGUCUUUCCUGGAUGGUGACUCUCAUUUUGCUAGUUUCCGUAGCAGAAAGGAUACAGAAAAGGUAGAGUCAACACCGCGACCAACACCUUCGUGGUACAUGAAGAAGAAGAAAAUUCGAAGUGAAUCUGAGGAUAAAAUCGAUGACAGAAAGGAAGAUCCUAAGCCAGAAGAACAUGAACGACGAGAGCUUUUUGCUUCUCGCUUUCUGCACAGUUCGAUCUUUGAGCAAGACUCAAGGCGACUCCAGCAUCUUGAACGAAAGCAUGAAGAUUCUGAACAUGGCUGUCCUGCCCAGCAAGGCCAAACUGAGGUUCAACCUGAUUCAGAACCAAUGGUUCUUUUCCAUGACCGCUUUAUGGAAUUAACAAGGCUACAGCAACAGAAGUUGAAGGACCAGGCUCAGCAAGAGUCAAAGAAGGAAGAAAUUGUAGAUGUAAAAAUUAACAGUAAAUCUGAGGAAGAGGAACCAGUCCAACAACGCAGUACUACUGAACCUAUCAUACAGCAAACUGAAAUUAAACCCAUCACCCCUGUACAGCCUCCGCAAACAAGUCCUGUCCAAGCGAUCAAUGUAAACCCUGCCCACGAAACUCCAAUUUCCCCACCAGUCUUGACAACUAAAGAGAUGUCACCAAAACAAGAGGCUGCUAAUGUUGAGACUCCUUCACCUAAGCAGCUUGAUCUACCUAUAAAAGAAGAAGAAAAGCAGCCUGAACAGGUCUUUGCAACUCUUCCACCGCCUCAAGAAACAUCUGAGACAGUUGGCUCAGAAUGCCAGGAGAUAAAGCCUUCAGUGAAUGAGAUGAAAGUUAACCCAACUAAAGAAAUGGAAACAAUUCCUGAUAGAGAUGCUGAGCAGCUCUCCAAUAGUGAUCUGCAGACCAACGACACACAAAUGAGCUGUGAACCAGAACCCGAGCCACAAACCAAGCCCAUUGAGUUACAGAAUUCUCCAUCCCCUAUGACUAUCGAUGAAGCUGACAAAUUAGAAAAGCCAGAGCCUGUAGCCAAAGUAACAGAACCUCCAGUUAAAGAGGUUGAAGCCAAGAAUGCUGACAGUCAUAUAGCAGAGGAACCAACCUCUCCUCCUCCAAGGUCAAGAAAUAAGAAAACAAAGGCCUCACCUCCGACACCCGUAGCCCCUUUGAUCUCACCAAGCACACCAGAUAAACAAAGCACUCGCAAGAGUGAGCGCAUUGAUAAGGAGAGGCAUAAGCGUUCAUCUUCUCCAAGAGGGGAGUCAUCUAAAGCAACUUUAGACAAGCCUGGGAAGUCUCCCAUCCAUAGUCCUGAACCUGAGCAGAGUGUGGAACAAAAUGCACCCCCUGUAAGGGCAAGACGCAGGAAUGUACGUUCUGUUUAUGCGACUGUAGUUGAGGGUGAAUCUGCCCCACAAACUGGCAAAGAUGUUGAAUCACCACGCAGUGCACGCAAACGUGGUACGGACAAAGAUAGUGGGCAACAGCAGCAACCUGAACCAGACAACCCUACUGCACCAGUAAUUUCAAGACGGGGUCGUCCACCUAAGAGUCGACGCCAAGGAGAGGAACAUCCAGCCGGAAAAAGUGAGCGGACAAAAAUGACUGAGACAAAAGAGAUGGAUAUAAAUGAGCCUGGAAAUAACGAAACAGUCACUAAAACGGGCAAAGGAAAACAUUCUCAGUAUGGACACAAAGCAAAUCAAACUGCUUCUGUUUCUGGACAAGGAAAAAAAGGAGACAAAAUAGAUAAAGUAUCUGAGACUAAUUCUCAAAAGAUAGAGCCCUUUGAAAUGGACACAGACGGCAAAAACCAGCAUGAAUGUGAUCCUUCCGGUAAAAGUGAUUCAAAGGAAGAACGUAAACCACAAAUUAGUUCAGAACCAAAGCAAGAAAAAGAGAAAGUGAAUCAAAUGGAAAAAGGCCCUGAAAGCCAAGAAAAGCCUGAAUCUAUUCAAGAACCCUCUUCUUUGGAAAAAAGUGGAAAAACUAAGGCAACUCGACUAAAUCGUGAUUCAAAAUUACUAACUGAAGAUAAAUCUCUCGGCCUCAAAAACCUUAGAAUCAGCCUUGAUGUGACAGAAGUAACUGUAAGACUUCAAACAGGCGAGAAUGAAUCUGGGCAUGAAGCAUCUUCUAAAAAGAUUGUGCCAGUUACUUCCCCCAAAGACCUGCCACUGGAACCUAAAUUGGCAAAGAACGAAAUGAAUACUAAAGAAGAAGAUGGUGAUACUAAAGAAGAUUCUGUAACCAGUGGAAAGGUCAAAGAUACUUCUGAAGCAUUAUUGUCGCGUCAGAUGGAGCUUGAACAAGCUGUUGAGAACAUUGCUAAGCUUACAGAAGAUCCUACUCCACUUCAGUUUAAAAGCCCAACAGAGAUCCAACCCCCUUUAUCUGAACUUCCAGAGGAGCCGGUUCAUGAAACAGAAGAAGAAAAACCUGCAAAUCCUGCUAGUGAAACUGAACUUGCAGCUGCUAUUGAUUCAAUCACAUCUGAAGAUGUGUCUUGCGGUCUGCCACAAGACCCAGUCAUGGAUACGGACCCUGAUAUUCAGACUUUAGUCCCAGAGGGCAAAGUUGCAGAGAGUAACUCUGGUACCGUUCAGGAGGAGCCCUCUACCACAGGAACCCCAAGAAAAGGCAAAGGUAGAGGAAAAGCCCAGAAAAGAGCCAAAGGCCCGAAGGCCAAUGUCAACAAGAAGGAAGCAAACAAAGAGCUAGAUGCAGAGAGGCCUUCUGUGAAACCACUAGACUCCAUACCUGAGGUUCAAACAGUCAAAGAAUCUUUGCCACCAGCUACUACUGUCGUUAUUACACCUUCAUCCAAGCAGGAUUUGAGCUUAACAGCUAAUGUUCCUGAAGUCCCUAAAGCAACAGAGGUUCCUCCUAAAGAACAAGCUGAUCUCCCAAAACCCUCUGGUCCGUUAGCUAAUAAAAGCCCAACAUCCCUCAAGCCUCUGUCCAAUCCUUAUGAGUGUACAUCUCCCUCCCUGUCUCCCACAAGUAUUUGCCUCAAACCUUCACAGCAAAGACUUCCAGUCUCCCCCACAGAUCGAUUGAAUCAACCCAAAGAGACUGUCGUUCUCUCCCCUUCAUUAACACCCUCAGUUCAAACAGAGAAUCCAAAAUUACACUCCGAUCCCUCUCCACAUGAUGCCAACACCAGUGAUUUGCGUAAAAUUCUUACAAAGCCAAGAAGUAUUCCAAUUACGGACAUUAGUCCAAUGCUGGGAAGCAUGCAUGCAAGGGAAAACGAUCCCAAGGGUACACCACAUGAGAGCAGGCACACUUCCAUUUCAGCCCAACCUGUGGUUCGUCCACCAGCAUCUUUGCCUUCCCCAGAAACAAAGCAAGUCUUUAGUGAGAAGUCGGUAAUUUCUGUCAUUGCCUCUAAUGCUACGUCAGUCAUCAGUCGGGUUUGCAAUCCUCCUGAAUCUGAGGAGAAGCUUAGUAUUCCAAUGGGAAAACCCUUUGUUGAGAAACAGCCUCCAAAGCAGAUGUACCAGCCCAGCAUGGAUGACAGCAAUGCCCAUCACGGCCCAACGGUUGGAGAGGAAGGUGGAAAUGCAGGUCGCUACAUAGUCGAAAGCACGUCCCUGAGUACAGGCCCUACUGCUGGACUAAGGGUAAAUACCUCAGAGGGAGUGGUAGUGCUGAGUCACUCAGGACAAAAAAUUGAGGGACGCCAGCGGAUUAGUGCCAAAAUCAGUCAGAUUCCACCUCCUAGUGCCGUAGACAUAGAAUCUCAGCAGUUGGUGUCAAUGCCACCGCUCAAGCAAGACCUUUACAGCCCCUCUCAGCCAGCUACACCUAAGGGUUCCUUGCCUGCAUCAGACAGUGGUCAUUCCAUGAAGUCACAGCCUAAUGUCUCUUCUAUUAAGCAAGAGUCUGGAUUAGAUAAAUUAGAUCUGUAUGCUUCACUUCAAAGUGGAGUUGUGAAAAGGCUUCAGCAGACAUCUGCACCUUCACAAGUAAUGGGUUUCCAUCACUCAGAAUACGGUAUGGUGAUGAAACAUCCCAAGAAAGGAGAAGGAAAUGAACCUCUCAAUGUGGAUAGUGUGAAACCUGCAUGGGUGUCAACAAUAAGCCCUGCCAUAAGCCCUCACCUGCCCUCUCCAGCUGGUAAUCAUGUUGGAUUCAUACCAGGAACCCCUACGGAUAGAGCACCUUCACAUAUUCAGGCUAAACAAGAACCACGCUCCCCACGGAAAACUGGACACCCCCAUUCUCCCUUUGUGCCUUCUCCUAUUGGCUCAUCGUCUCCUAAAGCUGUUUCUAUGGUAUUGCCUACAGGAUUAUCCACUAUGUCUCAAUAUGUCCCAAGUGUACACCACUCUGAGCAGUCUGUGAUCAUGCCCCCUCACAGCACUCAUGGCAAUCUUGGUAGAAUGUCACCUCACCGUGUAGGUCAGACCAUUCCUAUUGGUCACCUUUCUCAGGGAGAGGUACGAGUUAACACACCCCCAAUAUCAAUUAUGAACUUCGGCAUUCAUUCUGAGAGCCUUGCCUCAGCCUGGCCCCCUGGUCAACAGCGCCCCACAUCUCCCCAAGCUGUUGGCAACAGAGAAAUGGUUCUCAAAGUUAACCCAGCCAAUACCAGAGGCCAUGAAGGUGGCGAGGAGGAUGCAAGACGGUUUCACCCAGCACUUGGAAGACCACCAGCGGCACAGCUGAAACCAGAGUCAAUACCAGCAGAAUACCGUGGGCCGAUUCACAGUGGAUUGCCAUUGGACCGGUUCAACAUGUCGCCAAGAGACAUGCGAAUGCUCAUGCACCAUCAGCAGGGGGAGCGUCCAGCUGCAGAGAUUCAACAUGGACAUAUUGCGGAGGCUGCCCCUCAAACUUCAACACCCACCAGCAUUACGUCUUCGCUCUCUCCACGGGCACACCUGUUGCAAAAGAAUGUAGCUGACAAAGACCCAUUGAAACAGUCUGAUUUAAAGAGGAACACGCCACCUCCUGGGAAAGACGGGAUGAUGGGACUUAGGGGCGCAGUGCCUUCCAUGGCUUCUCCUCAGCGGGUACAGGUGAUUCCCUCAGGAGCCGUGCCACCCUUUUCGGAGUAUUCUGCGAUGUACACCAACCUACGCACUGUCCACUCGCAGUUUCCUGAAAGCUCACCUUUAGCGAUUGCCCAACCACCUCAUAAUAUCACGCCUUCACAGGGUAUUCAAGAAACUGACCACGGCCAGGUACAGACUGAAGGUAAACUGGAGCAUGUUGGACACCAGCAAGUCAACAUGGUGCAGCUUCUGACGAAAUACCCAAUUGUGUGGCAAGGCCUGCUGGCAUUGAAGAAUGACACCGCAGCUGUCCAGUUGCAUUUUGUGUGUGGGAACAAGUCUCUUGGCCUUCGAUCGCUUCCUGUGCCGGAGACUGGUGCUCACCUCCGUAUUGUUCAGAGAAUGAGGUUAGAGACGCCGCAGCUCGAGGGAGUGGCUCGCAGAAUGACUGGUGAGAGCGACUUCUGCCUCCUACUGGCCAUGCCCUGUGGUCGAGAUCAGGAAGAUGUCGUAAACCAGACGCAAGCCCUUAAAUCGGCCUUCAUCAAUUAUUUAAAGGCCAAGCUGGCUGCAGGCAUCAUCAAUGUGCCCAAUCCUGGAUCAAAUCAGCCUGCCUACGUGUUGCAGAUUUUUCCUCCAUGCGAGUUUUCGGAGAGUCAUCUUUCACGACUCGCUCCAGAUCUCCUCAGCCAGAUCUCCAGUAUCUCCCCUCAUCUAAUGAUUGUCAUUACCUCAGUGUGAAUCUGCAUUUCCUCAGACUGAGCUCCACUCACAUCAGCUCUCCUCCCCCUCUGACUUCGCCUCCACGGACGUUCGCAUUUACAGCCUGAAGGGACUCUGGAGAUAUUUGUGUUUUUGUUUGUCUGGAAUCUUACAUAUCAACUCCAGUUCGUCUUUCCUCUGGUGACCCUCCCGGCUCUCCGAAUCGCUCAAGGAUUUGUCCGUGUGCAGCACCACUCACUCCGGGUUACGUACAAGCUAAUUUGACCAUUUCUGCUGUAUUUGUAUUUAUUGGUAAUUUUUUUUAUUUUUUGCUUAUGGAAAUUCUUUGGGAAAUCAGGAUGUUUUGAAGAAUAAGGAAAAAAGAAGAAAAAAGGUGACGAACUGGACGCUACUUUUUUUUUCUUCAUUCUUCAGUGAUUCAGUUCUAUUUUUUUUAAAAGGUGGAUGAUAGAAAUCAUUGUAACAGACUAAUGGGUUUUUAAGUAACCAUGCACCACAUUCAUUGGUCAGUGCGCCUUCCGAAGAGGAAUUAACAUUGGGAAUGUACAUUUCAGGGGAUCUUCUCAUCCGCCUUGCUUUGUCGCUCACUUUGCUAAACGCAGAUCACAGCAGACUCCUCCUCCGUCUUCGGCUCGAAACACACAGACAGACACGCAGCUGCAGAACUCUGGAGUUACCAGAUUGCAGGACUGUAAAUAUUUUAAAUAUUUAAAACCCUGGCAAGUUGGCUUAAACCCAGGAGAGUUGCUUGUUAUUAUUUUCAACCAUGGAACUAACCACAGACAUCUUCGGAAAAAAAGAGACGAGCGAAGAACAUCGACACAAACCCGAACUUAAAUUUGUGAUGUAAAUACUUUAAAAGACUUUGGGCUGGCAGCUCUUGCGAGGGUUUGUUGCGGGCACUUCAGUUUUUCUUACUCAAAUAAAAAAAAUCCAGAAAACUUGAAUAUAA